GAAUUUCGUGAGUCAUGGUGGAAAAUUCGAGGAAAGCGUACCGAUGCGCAAAGAAUAAGAAUAAGCGAAGAAGAUAAAGUUAUUGAUUAAAAUUUCUGCUACAAAAAUAUAUAUAUGUAAUUGCAUAUUGUAAAUGUCUUAAGUUAAGUGAUAUAAACCAGAUAUUUGUGUAACGUUUACCAUUUUAAUACGCGUCAGAGUCAGUACAACGAGUGAAGCAUUCGCACACAAAGAAACGGAGUACUUGGCCAGCGAGAAUACAACAGAACAGAAAACGCUGCGCAAUAGACGGUGGUGUACAUAAGAGUUUAACAAAAUCGAAAUCAGAAUCAGUUGAAAGUGUGAUUUUUUUGAGCCUUUGUCUGUAAGUGAAGAGAAAGCUUUAAGCGGAAUUACAUCUAUAUAUAAAUAAAUACGAAGCCAGCCCGUCGCCAUUUUGAAAGUGAUUUUACAAUACAUACAUAUACACACAACCACAAAUACGAACACAUACACAUCCAGCGAGAGCAUAUACGCAUAUAACCCCAUCUAAAAUCCGUGGAAACGCAAACCAAAAUCCAAUUUCCGCAACAUUUUAAAGUGAAUCAACAAAAUCAAGGCAACUUUUAACCAAACUCAACCCCAAUUGUGUAUAUAUAACGCUUGUCGAAACAAUCGGAGUCUGUAUAUCAAAGUGGCUGAGAAAACCCCCGCAGCUGCACCAAUCGAUAACUGCGACAUACACACAAAACACAUACACGUUCGUGUGGAAGGUCUACGGCGAAAAAGAUCAGCACGGCUUGGAAUGCAGUAUCAGCAGUCAAAUCAACAGAGUACCGAGAAGAGUUUGCGAAAUUAUAGCUAAGGAUAGCGCUUAACCCAGAGUAAAAGAGAUAAAUCAACAGACUGAUAAACAAUACAUAACGUUACAAGUUAAACUAUAUAAAGUAAAGUAAACAGCAGCUGUAAAUAAGAAGAGGAGGAGAAGAAACGACGCCAAGCAGCAGUGGACGCAGCUACGUGCUCAACCGCCCGUCGUCGCCCUUUUGCUCGCCGAUUUCAUUUAAUUUUUGAAUUUUUGGAGGAGGAGCAUCAGCAUCAGCGAUUAGAACCAAAGAAAAGCACGGAGAGCGGUGGAAGCUAAUCAACAACAACAACAACAAUAGCAGAGCGAUCGAGUUUGGUUUCGAUUUAUAAAGAAUUGAUUUAAGUGCGUGUGAUAUUUAACGUUAAGCAUUAAUUUAGCGAAAUAACCAAAAACAAAAAAAGGCAAAACAGCAGAAAUUUUAAUAGAUAGAAGGAGGAGACGACGAGAGUGAUCAGUGAUCCAGAAAGAAAGAGAGAGAGAUCGGCAAGCGACGAAAUUACUAUGACAUACUCGCACAAUAGCGUUAGGAACAACAUCAGAAUGACAACCGCAUCGGCAACCAAGUCCAUACGAUUGAAAAAGGGAGCCGCAGGAGCAGCGACCUCCGCAUCCAAUUCAUCCACCCCCUCGCCCACAUCCCCGACAUCCGUAUCGGCGUCCGCCGCACCCCUUCCCGUAUCCGCAUCCGCACCAGCAACACCCUUGGUAACUGCACAUUCCAACAGUAUUGCCAGCAGUACAAAUCUCAUCCAGAACAACUCCCCCCACUUCCUGAGCUCCUCGCCGACGAGCCUGGGUCUCUCCAACCUGGCCACGCCGCCCAAUCAGAGGCAACGGCCACUGCAGUCGCAGUCCCAGUCGACCGGAGCCCAACGCAGACAGCAGCAGCGUCACUCGCCGCAGCAGCAGGGAUCCGCCACCGGAGGAGGGGGUGGCUUCUUUUUCGCCAACAACAAUAGGCGGACCGGAGGAGGACGUUCGCCCCAGGGAGCGAUGCAAGUGCGCCAGUCACCCGCCACCAUUCUGGGUGGAGGCUUCUCGCCAGCUGGAGGAUCGGCUCGGAAGCAGAGGAAGAGCCCGCCGCUGGGUGGCAAGAUCUCGCCACAGCAGAUGCAAAUGCAGCAGCACCCACUCAUACCCACCGCACUGACGCAUUUCGCGGGCAGCAAGUGCUUCGAUGCACCAGCUCCAACGGCGCUGCCCAAGCCGCCGCAGCACUGGACGCGGUCGGAGGAGAAGCUGUCGUCGGUGUCGAUGUCGAUGUCGCUGCCAAAGUUCCAGAUGAUGCAGACGGGUGGCCGCUCGAAGCGGAAUCUCCUCGACGACUUCGACACGCACAACCUGAAGUGCUGCUCAAUGUGCAGUCGUAACCCUGGUGCUGGAGGAUCAGGAUCUGGAGCAGAGGAGCAGGAUCUGGAUCUGAAGCUGGAUCUGGAUCUCGAGGACCGACUUGAAUGGCAUGAACACCCGGAGGACCCCGAACCCGUCAAUGAGUUGCAAAAAAUACAAAACGAAAUGAAUAUAAAAAGUAAAAAAAAAUGAACAAA